CCUGGUGGCCGGGGCGUGGCGGCCCCGGCUCGACGCCUCGAGUGGCGGUUGUUUCAAGAUGGCGGGCGCGGCGGGCCCCUCCCUGCCGGGCUCCGCGUUCUGGAGCCGCGACUUUUCUGAUGAAGAGCAGUCAGUAGUUUAUGUUCCAGGAAUCUCCACAGAAGGAAAUAUAAGAUCAAGACUCAAACUGAUGAAUCCAAAAGUGGAUGUUAAAGUUAAGACUUCCAGGGUGACUGAUGCUUCUGUCUCUAUGGAAUCUUUAAGAGCUGCAGGAGAUUCGGUAGCUGAACAGUCUGUCUGUAAGGGAGGGAUGAAGAGCGCAUCAUUGAAAGAUUUAUGUCUUGAAGACAAAAGAAGAAUUGCCAACUUAAUUAAAGAACUGGCCAGAGUGAGUGAAGAAAAGGAAGUGACAGAGGAACGAUUGAAAACUGAACAGGAGUCCUUUGAGAAGAAGAUUCGGCAGUUAGAAGAGCAGAAUGAGCUGAUCAUCAAAGAAAGGGAAGCUCUUCAGCUACAGUAUAGAGAAUGUCAAGAACUUCUGAGUCUCUACCAGAAGUACCUAUCAGACCAGCAGGAGAAGCUCACCAUGUCACUCUCAGAACUUGGUGCUGCUAGAGCGCAGGAGCAGCCGAUAACCAACAGGAAAAGCACCCAUCAGUCUUCAUCGAUGGACCUAGAUGGUUCCUACCUGAGUGUGGCCAAACCACAAACUCAUUGUCAGACCAAGGCAAGACCUAAGUCAGCAAGCCAGGACGCAGCUUCAAAACCCCUUACGGCAUUGUCUUUGAACCCAGUCACACUUCCUCAUCCCAAAGAGGGUUUAGAGAGGGUGUCAUCAGAAACCAGAACAUGGACUUAUGCUUCUCCAGAGAGGAGACGAGUAGAUGCAACCCCCGUAGAGAAAGUCCUCCCGGAAGAGGUGAAGGUAAGGGAAUGUCCACGCCUUCCACCUACUCCAUCUAGCCAGUGCUGCGGUAACAAGUGCUCUGAAAGUGGAGGUUAUGUCCAUGAGAACUGUCAUCCUACGAACAUGGCCCCUCACUAUUGUAAGACACAUCCAGAAUCAUGCAGUCAUUGUGGGAUUUCCUGGGCAUCUCUAUUGCAUGGAAGACGGACACUGCCACCCAGUGAGACUGACAUCAAAAAGCAACUCUCAGAAGAUCGAAGGCAACAGUUGAUGCUUCAGAAAAUGGAACUAGAAAUUGAAAAGGAACGCCUUCAGCAUCUGCUGGCCCAGCAAGAGACGAAGCUUCUCCUUAAGCAGCAGCAGCUGCACCAGUCCCGGUUGGAUUACAACUGGUUAAGAACUCAAGCUAUGUUUAAGUCUCAAGAACUGGUUGCCGAUAAAGAAUUCACUAAACCCAAUGUGGAUACGAAUGGGAAUGACUCUGGACCAAGUGUAUUAAAGUCGAUAUGUGAUGAACGGCUGCAUGGAACCUCAUCAUCCUUUAAAAAGUGCCCAAGCCCUCCAAGCAGUGAACAAACCAGGAGGGAGAAGAAGACAGUUGAGUUUCAGUCACAAGUGGAGGAUGAUGGUCAGUGGAUAUGCCAACAGAACGAUACAUGCAGACUCCAGAGAGAGACAGCGACAGGAGUUAGAAAAGAUGCAUCCACAUCUCCUAUGUCAACAAGAAGCCCUAAGGCCCCUAUGACCCCAGCCUCAUCAUUAUCCCAACACAAUACCUCAAGGUAUGAGACAUCUCUGUUGGAUUUGGUUCAGUCUCUAAGACCAAAUUCUGCUCCCAAAUCUCAGCCCUGCCCCUCCAGAGCAGAUGGAGCAUGGAGUACUUUCCGACCUAGCCCGAAGAAAUCUAUCUGGAAGAAAGUGGGGACACGCAUGAGCCCUGAAGACCUGGAGGAGAAUCAGAUUCUAGAAGACAUAUUUUUCAUAUGACUAUGAAGCGCAUGCUACAAAAUUUCUACAGGAAAUAUUUGGGUUCCUUUACAUAUUGAUGUAGAAUGUUAAGUUGCAAACUCUUUCCUUUCACAGGGACCUCUUGCUGGAAUCCUUUUAUGGUAUUGAAUAUAGAUAUCAUUCUAUAAAUCAGGGUGGUUUUUG